AUGGCUAAACGGGCCGAAUUUUGGGUUAAUGGGUCUGAAAUUGGGUACUGUUGGAUCUGGCCUAAUUCAAAGGCCCAACCCAGGUUAGAACAUGCUACUAUUCAAUCCAAGGCCCAAGCCCAGAACAGUGGCCCAAUUGAAAUGGCAAGUGGAGAUGUGCCCGUUGCACAAAUGGCAAAACAGACUCCUGUGGUUCAAGCUCCUCUUACUGCAAGGCAUACAGAAAUACCUGAGAAGUUUGAUGGAGCGGAUUUCAAAAGGUGGCAACAGAAGAUGUUGUUUUACCUGACUAUAUUGGGCCUUGCAAGGUUCUUAACCGAGGGCACACCAUCUAGUCUUGAAGAGAGUGACAGAGAAACUCUGAUGGCAGUGGAUGUGUGGAAGAAUUCCGAUUAUUUAUGUCGGAAUUAUGUCCUUAAUGGCUUAUCUGAUUCCCUAUACGGAGUGUACUAUAACGCGAAGUCAGCGAAAAAGCUGUGGGAAACUUUGGACAGGAAGAACAAGACCAAGAAUGGUGGAUCCGGAAAGUUUGUCGUAGGCAGAUUUUUGGACUAUAUGAUGGUGGAUACUAAGCCACUAAUGAGUCAGAAACUACCUUUAAGCUGGAAUGACUUCAUAAAUUAUCUUAAACACAAAAGAAAGGAGAUGGAUAUGGAGGCUCUUGUUAGCAAGCUUCGCAUAGAAGAUGAUAAUAGGAGAUCUGACAGGAGAUCCAUGAAGGCCGCUGUGAAGGCCAAUGUUGUGGAGCAUAGGAGUAGCUCCAAGAGUCAAAAGAAGAAACCUGGAAUGAGUUCCAAGUUGGGGCCUAAAUAA